AUGCAUAUCGACCAGCCUCCCAUCCACCUGGAGGAGGGCUGGAAGCUGAUCGAGGAGACGAUUCAGAAGAUCCAGCGCAACCUAGAGGGCGAUCCGAACGAGUCCCCGAUCAACACCACGCAGUGGUCCCUCACCUACACCCGGGUGUACAACCUAUGCACUCAGAAGCCGCCGCACGACUACUCCGACCAGCUGUACCUUCGCUACGGCCAGGUCUUCAAGGAGUACAUCCGCGACAAGGUCAUGCCGGCGCUCGAGAAGGACUUCGAGUCCGACGAGGACUUCCUGAACGAGAUGAUCGGCCGGUGGCGCAACCACACCAACAUGACGCGCAUGAUGGCCAAGUUCUUUGAUUAUCUGGACCGGUACUACAUCAAGCGGCACCAGCUCGACAAGCUGCAGAUCGUGCCCAUGAAGAUCUUCUGCGAGCAGGUGUACGGGCACAUCAAGGAGCGCGCGCGCACGGCGAUGCUCACGCGCGUGGCCCUGGAGCGCGACGGCGAGGUCAUUGACAAGAGCGCCAUCCGCGCCAUGGUCGACAUCUUCAUCCAGAUGGGCAUGGACAGCAUGGACCACUACGAGAACGACUUCGAGCGCGAGCUCCUCAACCAGACGGCCGCCUACUACAAACUCAAGGCCGCCGACUGGCUCGAGACGAGCAGCACGCCGGGGUACCUCGAGAAGGCCGAGGAGUACCUGCGGCAGGAGGAGCAGCGCGUGGACUCGUACCUCCACCACUCCUCCAAGGUCAAGAUCCUCGGGAAGGUGCAGGCGGAGCUCCUGGAGGCCAACUGCCUGGCGCUGCUGGAGAAGGAGGGGUCGGGGCUGACGGUGCUGCUGCGCGACGACCGGCAGGCGGACCUGCAGCGCAUGUUCCGGCUGUUCAAGCGGAUCGGCGACAAGGGCCUGGACCCGAUGGCGCGUGUGUUCAAGCGCCACGUGGAGACGCAGGGCGUGAACCUGGUCCUGCAGGCGAGCCAGGCGGUCGAGCAGCGCCAGGCGGACGCCAAGGGCAAGGCCGCGCGCGACGCGGCCGCGGCGGUCGAGCAGGGGCUGGUGCGGAGCGUCAUCGCGCUGCACCGGCAGUACCACGGGUACGUGUCGGAGUGCUUCGAGGGGCACCAGGCGCUGCGGCGCGCGAUGAAGGACGCGUUCGAGGUGUUCUGCAACCGCAAGGUGGACGGCGCGACGUUCGCGGAGCUCAUGGCCAAGUACUGCGACGUGGUGCUGCGCAAGGGCGGCGGCGAGAAGAUGUCGGACGCGGAGAUCGAGGAGCAGCUGCGCAACGUGGUGCAGCUCAUGGACUUCGUGUCGGACAAGGACAUCUUCGGGGAGUUCUACCGGAAGCAGCUGUCGAACCGGCUCCUGCAGGACAAGUCGACCAGCGACGACCUGGAGCGCGUGGUGCUGACGCGGCUGAAGGAGGAGUGCGGGCACCAGUUCACGAGCAAGAUGGAGGGCAUGCUCAAGGACCUGCAGCUGGCGCGCGAGAAGCAGCAGGAGUUCGAGGACUGGCGGCGGACCACGGGGCGCGAGGGCGGCGUGCAGCUGGGCGUGCAGGUGCUCACGACGGGCUUCUGGCCCAACAGCGACAGCGCGCUGGGCAACUCGGGGCAGCAGCGCGAGGAGAUGACGCUGCCGCGGGAGCUCGCGGCCUGCGUGGACACCUACAAGGAGUUCUUCACCAACUCGCGGCAGGGCGCGCACCGCAAGCUCGAGUGGCGCCACGGGAUGGGCACGGCGACGGUCAAGGCCCACUUCGGCGGGCGCAGCUACGACCUCGUGGUCAAGACGGCCCAGUGCGUCGUGCUCUGCCUGCUCGGCGACGCCGAGGGCGAGCGGCUGUCGUACGCGCAGAUCAAGACGGGGUCCGGCAUGGCCGACGACGACCUCGAACGCACGCUCCACUCGCUGGCGUGCGCCAAGUACAAGCUGCUGUGCAAGACCGGCCACGAGAAGCGCAUCGGGCGCGACGACGAGUUCUGGGUGAACGAUGGCUUCAAGGACAAGAUGAAGCGCAUCCGCGUGCCGCUCGCGGUGCCGGAGGACCGCAAGCGCGCGAUCAAGGAGGUGGAGAGCGACCGGAAGCCCGCGAUCCAGGCGGCGAUCGUGCGGACGAUGAAGGCGCGGAAGGUGUACCCGCACAACGAGCUGGUCGUCGAGGUGAGCAGCCAGCUCGCCAAGAUGUUCCGGCCCGACAUGAAGGCUAUCAAGCAGGCGAUCGAGCAGCUCAUCGAGAAGGCGUACUUGGAGCGGGACAAGGACAACAACAACCUGUUCCGGUACGUGGCGUGA